ACAUGUGUUACAAUGUCUACAGAAAUCGUUGCAAAGAAAGUCCUGACGGAACUAGUCAAAAAAUCUGGUUGCACUUAUACGGCCGAUAAUGUGGUGACCAUAUUUCAUAACCGGGAUAGCAAAUACAGCAGCAAGCGGCUUGCCACCCUGCUAGCACAACUAUUCAAACCCAUUCCCAAUGGCGCCAAGUACGUGGAGAUGUACGCAUCUGCUAGUGUGAAAGAUUCCUAUCCCGCCCUAGUGAUGGUGCUGAACCGUUUUGCAAACGAUUUAAAAACGGCUCAUAGUGAAAAGGUGGCUGCUGCUGCUACCACCCAGCAACAGCAAGAACAAUCAACUAAGCAGGAAGUGUCAGUUUCUGCCCAGCAUAACGCGGAACCGGUCCACAAGCGUGUUUCGUUGUUCGAAAGUCCUCCCCUCUCCUCAACCCGCAUCGUACCCGACCAGGUAACGCCGGAAAAUGUGCAGGAAAUUAAGGAAAAACUCGUCCAGGCUACGUCCGGUGGCGCCAUUAACCGUUUAUCGUCUUCCGCUUCCCUUCCGCCGGGUAGCAUCAGCGCCGCCCAUCCCAACUAUCCGUCCCACAGCCGGCCGGGGUUUGAGUUUUCCCACCGAAAACCUCCCAUCGUGGCGUGGAAUUUCAACUACGAUGAGCUGUAUCCGCUGCAAAGCAAAGCGAACGUGGCCGCCAUCCCGGUAGCAUCGCAGGAACCGAUCGUACUGAAGGAAGUGCUUAACUGUUUGAUCGGUGUAAAGGGUACACUGAUAGUGCCGAAAAAAAGCUCCUCCACUGGCGAUCCGGACGGAUCAUUACCGGUCGAGUUUCAACUUUCGAACCAGCUAACCGCUUCGUGCCGGGAUAUGGUGGUGGAAGUGUUGCCGCUGGCUGCAAACUACUCCUGCGUGCAGUCAUUUAUCGAGUGCUCUAGCAUUCUGGAAGGUGGUGUCGUGCUGCAGGCACUCCGUUCUGUGCUGAAAACGAUCAUGACGGAUUACUAUCUGUCGAUUGCACAGCUGGAUGAUUUGCGCUGUCGCCGAGGACUUAGCAUGCAACGACUCAUUCAGUUCCUUAAGCCCGUCUUUCCCACGAUGGAAGAGCUUGCCGCAACGGUGUCAGAAAUUCGGCGCAAUAAUAGUCGAGGUGGACAGAUACUUUCGCUACUCCACGAUCGUAUUACGGCCAAAAGCGGGACAAACCACGCGCAGAAGGUGCUGGUACAUCUGAUCGAAUCGGCCGCCAUUCCGUUCAUGGAAAUGCUGCAGCUGUGGAUCUAUCGUGGUGUUAUUAAUGAUCCGCAGCAAGAAUUCUUCAUCGAUCACAGCUCGAUGGAGUUGACGGAAAACGAGCUAGUCGAUUACUGGGAGAAGCAGUACACGAUUCGAAACGAAAAGGUACCGUGCUUUUUGUCCAAGUACGGUGACAUUAUUCUCCGCACCGGCAAGUACCUGAAUGUGGUGCGCGUUUGUGGCGGAGCUGACUUUCAACCCGGUAAUGCUAACGGCACCGAAGCCAUGAAUUCUACAACCACCGCCAGCAACAAGUCCGGGAAGCAGCUCGAGUACAAACACUUCGAUCAGUCGUAUAUUGACGAAAUUGAGGAGGCGUACAAUUUUGCGUCCUCCUCGCUACUGAAUCUCAUAAUGAACAAGUACGAUCUGAUGGGUCGAUUGCUGUCCGUCAAGCGUUACUUCCUCCUGCAGCAGGGUGAUUUUAUUACCGAGUUUAUGGAUGCGGUGGAGGAAGAUUUGCGGAAAAACGUCGACACACUACAUCCGAUCCGGUUGGCCAAUCUGCUCGACGUAACACUUGGACUUUCAUCGGCCAAAUAUGAUGAGUAUCAUGACGAUCUGAAAACGAUGCUGCUUCCGUACGGAAUUGUAACUCAAAUUUCGAAAAUCGUCAACAACGAGGAUGCAUUUGUGGACACACUAAGCGACACAUCCCAACUGAAGGGUAUCGAGUGCUUUACCUUCACGUACAAAGCCCAGUGGCCAGUUUCGAUCGUGCUAAAUCUGUGGACCAUCUCGAAGUAUCAGAUGAUCUUUCGCCAGCUGUUCUAUCUCAAGUACGUGGAGCGUAUCCUUUGUCGGGUGUGGAUUGCUAACAACGAGACGCGUCAGUUUGCACCGAACCCAGCCAAACUGUAUCGGUCGGCGUUCACGCUGAGACAGAAAAUGUUGAUCGCAAUCCAGAGCUUCGAGUCGUACAUGAUGAUCGAGGUGAUCGAACCGAAUUGGCACAUUUUCUAUCAGAACAUGAAGCAGGUAAAAAAUAUCGAUGAUGUGCUAAACUAUCAUCAGGAUUUUCUGGACCAGUGUCUCAAGAACUGCAUGCUAACCGUGCCCGAUCUAUUAAAGCCGAUCAUCAAUCUAUGCAAUAUAUGCAUUAAAUUUUGCGACUUUCUAUCGGAAUCACAGCGUCAUUUUGUCGAUGCCGAACUAACAUGCAUGCUCGUCACAGGUGACGACUGCUCACUGUCUUCCGAGUCUGAUUACGAACAGGCCGCAACUACCAUGGCACCGACGGAAACGUUUUCGGAGCGCGUGGAACAGUUUCGUCACGAUUUCACCGAUCAGCUGAUGACGUUGCUUCGAAAGAUUGCCGACGUUGCAACGCUAAGCACCUCGGAACGCUUUAUUAAUCUUAUAUACAGAAUCAACUUUAACUCAUAUUAUAGCGAAACGAAUGAAAACUGAAUGCAAAAUGUGCGUGCAUCC